GAGAAAGGAUGAUUUUAGAUCGAACAUGGAGCACGAGGAUACUAAUGACUUGGACUACGUUAUCGCUCGUUUUCGCAAGCUAUGGGCCUCAUCGGGAUCUAUCUCAAUUUUACAACACCUACACUGAUUUUACUAAAGUUUCCAAUAUCAGUGGCACACGUUUUGAUGAGGAAUUUGUAGUGGAAACCAUGGAAGUGCCCCUGCCAUCACACAACUACUAUCAUCAUCACCAUCAUAACAAUUAUUACCAUAAGCAGCAACAUCAUAAGCACAUGGGGGGACCAUUAAAAGUUCCACACUUGAGGCACCAUCAUGUAUCGCAUCGGGGCCCUUAUUUCGAAAACGUUGAGGGUCAGGAGAUCAAUGGCUCAGAGAAGGUUGUGCAUCUCGGCGAUACAGCUUUUCUCGACUGUCGCGUUGUCAUGUUAUCGGGCAAAAUGGUCAUGUGGAUCCGACAAUAUCCCGACAAGGCAUUGUUGACUGUUGGGAAAAACACGCACAUCGCCGAUGAUCGUUACUCAGUAAGUUUCAAGUAUCCAAACAACUGGCGUCUCAUGAUUACAUCCAUUCAAAAGGAGGACCGGGGCUUGUACGUUUGCCAAGUGAACACGCAUCCACCUCGUAUGCUUGUGACCAACGUUACUAUUCUAGCACCAGAUGUAAGAAUAGUCGAUGAAUCAGAUCACGAGCUUCAUGAUCGAUACUAUAACAGCGGAAGCGUCAUUGAGCUAACUUGUGUGGUAAGACCUUCUCGACCUGGCUCGAAAAUGCCUGAUCCAGUGUGGAAAAAAAAUGGUGAAACACUGCCGGACGAUGUCAACGUUUAUCAUACCAAUGGACCUGCAAAUAAAUUACUAUUGAGUUUACGUAUAGAAUAUGCGAAAAAAAGUGACAGUGGUGAAUUUUCUUGCAGUAUUGGCCAAUUCAGCACGACAGUAGUAAACAUCCACGUGUUGAAUGGAGAAAAGCAAGCAGCUGUGCAUCACGAUCAAUGGAAUACUGCCUUAAGACUAGACCAAAAUCUAUACGUAACUUUUAUAAGUGUCUUCUUGAUAUGUUACCAACGGAUCGUGAAGAUACUUUUCAUAAAAUACUGA